CUCACUGGCCUCUGACUUACUUGGAUGAGACUUUGAGAGAAAAUUGCUGCUAAGUAUUUUAUCUUCAGAUAUAGACUUUAGUAGAUGUGUCUCAAGCUGGGGAUUUAGAUGUAGAAUGUCACUUGAUCUUAAUGGGUGUUGUGUGGAUGGAAUAUUUAACUGAAAAUUACUCAGUUUUUCCAUGGAAACAGCAGCCCCAGGCUGGGUGGGGUUUGCAAAGAUCAAGCCUUCACCUCACUGGAGAGUAAUUACAGGUUGUGUGGGAACCAUGCCCUGUGGUGUCCUGGGCCAGAGGACGGAUUUUGUUGCAGCACAGACUUUGGACUAGAUCACUGUCUCAGUUUACACAAAGUUUCCAAGAAGGCAGGAGAGGAUGAUAUACUCUGAUACGACGGUCCUCUCUUAAAGAUACUUAUGGAUUAGUUGGGGAAAGACCUACACCUUGAAGACACCUAGAAGAGGCAUUUCCAAAUACUUGAAAAAGAGAAUUGCCUGUGCCAUAGCCUUGGAGAGGGAAGGAGAAAGGGGAAGACUGAUCUUGCAAGGCAAUUAAGAAACAUCCUAAAUGAUUGGAAGGUUUGAACUGUCCUGAGAAACAUACCUGGGCAAUUCCUGAGAAGGCCAUUUGUCUCUUGCUAUCCUCUUCUAAGAAGGAGCAGGACCUGAGCUAUAAACAACGUGGUGGUAGAAGAAAGGAGGAAUUGACUCUUCUGUCGUGCCCUGCUAGAGAAAAUGGGUUGUAACAGAAACUGUGGGCUUAUCACCGGUGCCGUGGUUGGGGCAGUGCUUGCCAUACUGGGAGGCGUUCUUAUGCCUGUUGGAGACAUGAUCAUUCAGAAAACAAUUAAAAAGCAAGGAAUCAUUGAAGAAGGUACAGUGGCUUAUAAAAGCUGGGAGAAGACAGGCACCGAUGUGUACCGACAAUUCUGGAUCUUUGAUGUGCAAAAUCCAGACGAAGUGAGGGUUAAUAAUUCAAAAAUAGUGGUUAAACAAAAAGGCCCUUACACAUACAGAGUCCGAUUUCUACCCAAGGAAAAUAUUACUAAGAAUUCUGACAACACGAUAUCUUUCAUGCAGCCUAAUGCAGCUAUCUUUGAACCUUCCAUGUCAGUUGGUUCCGAAUAUGACACUUGCACAGUGGUCAAUCUUGCUGUCGUGGCAGUACCUGUUUUGUUUCCAAAUGCCUUUGUCCAGAGGCUAUUAAAUUCAUACAUCAAGAAGUCAAAAUCUUCCUUGUUCCAAAUCAGAACUGUGAAGGAACUGUUAUGGGGCUAUACAGAUCCAUUCUUGCAAUUGGUUCCCUACCCUGUUGAUACCACAGUAGGAGUGUUCUACCCGUACAACAACACAGCAGAUGGGGAAUACAAAAUCUUUACUGGGAAAGAUGAUAUCAGCAAAGUUGCAAUAAUUGACACUUACAAAGAUAAAAGAAAUCUCUCCUACUGGCCAGGCUACUGUGACAUGAUCAAUGGUACAGAUGCGGCUUCAUUUCCUCCAUUUCUGGACAAGAACCGGGUUUUGCAAUUCUUUUCUUCUGAUAUUUGCAGAUCGAUCUAUGCCAAAUUUGAAAGAGAGAUCAACCUGAAAGGAAUUCCUGUUUAUCGAUAUGUACUACCUCGGAUGGCCUUCGCAUCUCCGGUGGAAAAUCCAGACAACUACUGUUUCUGUACCGAAAAGGUUAUCUCCAGGAACUGCACUUCUGCUGGGGUGCUAGACAUCAGCUCCUGUAAACAGAAGAAGCCAGUGUACAUUUCUCUUCCCCAUUUUCUUCAUGCAAGUCUGGAUGUGACAGAUCCUGUGGAAGGUUUGAGCCCAAAUCAAGAAGAACAUCAGACCUAUUUGGAUGUUGAACCUAUCACUGGAUUUACUCUAGCUUUUGCAAAACGGCUGCAAGUCAAUCUCUUGAUUUCACCAGCACCCCUAAUUGAACCUUUAUCCAAGCUGAAACGGAGCUACAUCACUCCAGUUCUAUGGCUUAAUGAGACUGGCACCAUUGGGGAUGAGAAAGCUGAGUUGUUCAGAGCACAAGUGAUCGGCAAAAUCAACCUGCUGGGACUGCUGCAAUUGGUUCUACUCAUCCUCGGUCUUGCAACCUUUGUGUCCUUUACGAUUGCAUACUGUGCCUGCAGAACAAAGUCAAUUAAAUAGGUUGAAAAAGAGACUUCAUAUAGUUGGAAUCAAAUAUCAUAUUCUGAGCAGGGAUUCUGGUAAUGUUUACUCACAGAUUGAGAUUUGGUCUACUUUAUGUGCUCACAGAUGCCUUACAUUUUUCUGAAGAAAAUACGGCAUUGGUCCUUGAACUAACCAGCAAAACUGUUCUGAGGACCAUUGUGAUGGUAUCACUGUCAACCCUAAAUUCCUCUUUUAAAAUACUUCACUUGUUUCUAAUAGAAAAAUGUUCACAAAGUCCCCUCUCUGGUCCCCACUCUGGUCUCUCUGGUGAGUUCAUGGUAAAGUAUUAGAGAGCUGCUGGAGUCAUAACAGGCUACAGGGUCUUUUUCCCACCUCCUCUUUGGGGUCUUCCUGUUCAAGGCCAUAGCUAAUCACUAGUCAACACUCAUUCUCUUGUCCCUCUGUGACAAAAAAAGAAAGCUUCCAUUUCCAAGUCAGCCAGACAAUCAUCUAUCCUGAGCAUCACAUUAUUUGAAAUUCAGCUAGAAGGUCCAAGAGACAAAAAAAAAAUAAAUGUGGAUUGAUGUACUUCUAUUAGAAAGGAUAAGCUAGGCACUCGGUAUGUUAAUUUUGAAAGAACAAUUCAUUGCUCUCCACUUCCAAGCUCUGUUUCCUGAUCCUGUGACCAAUGACAUGGAGGCCAUUUGAAUCUCAUUCAGUUUUUUCUUCUCAUGCUUGGACUGAAUGGUUUCUGCUGCCACUCAAUCACUCUGGAAGUCUUGCAGUGCAUUAUUUCCGUAUUUGCUAUCAAAGAAUUGUGGUUCUUUCACCUGAGAUGUGAAUGGAAAUAAAUGGUUUUGUAUGAGAUUUUAUUAACAACAUUAUGUGUAUAUGAAUAAAGUUCAUUUGUAAUAUUAUU